AUGUAUGAAAUAGCUUGCACUAAACCUCAAAGACACAUCAGACUACCAAAGCGAUAUCGGCUCACUGAGCCUGUGGAACAUGUUGUCCACAACAUCGAAACCUCUACUCAGGAUGUGAUACAAGAUACUCACUCAGUGACACAUGAUGUACUGCCAACUAGCAGCGUUAUCCGCAGGGUAAUCCUCCUAGUUACCGAAUCCCUUCGCAAUGUCAUUGGAGCAUUUGGUCUAUUUCAUGAUUACCCACAAUGCCCAUCUUAUGAACCUGACAUUUUCAUUCCCUCACGUUUACCGGCCAAAAAAUUCCCAACAUUACAGCCUCUUACAUCAAUUCCUCCACCUCCACAUCCCUUUCCAAACAUGACUGUGUAUCAGCUGCUCAACUGGAUGACCAGCGGAAGUACCAGAAAGUCUGAAGUGGAGGUUUCACGUCUGGUCCGUGACGUGUUGCUUGCAGAGGAUUUCGACGCCAUCAAUCUGCAAGGCUUCAGUAUGAGGAAGUAUUUGAAACUCUUCGACAUUCCAGAUCAAAAUUCACCAAACGCUGAUGUGCCCUCUGCAGUAAUAUUCCAGGAAGGUUGGAUAGAGAUGGAUGUGACAAUAAAAGUCCCAGGUCGGAAGGUUGAUGCUUCCGGUGGUCAUCCCUUUAAAGUCCCUGGGUUUCACUAUCAACCGUUGGCCAGUGCCAUUCAUGAGGCAUUUGCAGACACUCAAGCUAAAGCAUUUCAUCUCUGGCUGUUUCGCCAUCUUUGGACCAACCCAAAUGAUGGAUGCACAUAUCGUAUCUAUGAUGAACUUUACACGUCAGAUGCGUGGAUACAAGCCCACGACGACCUACAGAAGCAGUCCAAAGAGCCUGAUUGUACUCUUGAGCGAGUAAUUGCUGGCUUAAUGUUUUCCUUGGAUGCAACACAACUCACCAACUUCGGAAACGCAACGGCAUGGCCAUUAUACUUAUUUUUUGGCAAUCUGUCAAAGUAUGCUCGUGCAAAGCCCGGCUCUGGGGCUUGUCAUUUAAUCAGAUUCCUGCCGUCUGUAAGUGUCAUUUACGCGGAUUGCUCGAAGUGA